CGGUGGGCGGUCCCAGCGGCCUGCCCGAAACGUGUGACCCGGCCUCGGUCCUCACGUUGCAGCCAGAGGUCCACAACCCAAGCCCAGGACAGGAAUCUGAAGUCCUGGACCAUUCGCUAACUCCUACCGGUCCUCGCCCCUCCGGCAUGCAGAAAAGACAGUCAGCUUUCCCUCCCACCUCAAGCUGCACUGAAAAAUCCACUUGGGUGUUUCCACUUUUUGCUUAACUUUUAGACGCAAAUGCUAGACAUCAGGAGCCCUUCAGACUCCAGAUACGUCCCAGCAAAGAACCCAGAAGCAGAGACGUUCUCAAACCCCGCGCCAAGACCUUAAUUAAGCAAGAAGCCUAGCCGCGGGGAGACGAGGCAGGGAUGUGGCUCUUUCGAUUGCUUCAGCCUGGAGGUCGAGCUGCGCGCACACGAGGCGGCUGCGACUGGUGCUGCCUGGCGGCGGGCGCGGUGCACGCUGGGACGUCUCGCUGGCGGGCGGCUGCGGGCGGGCGGCAGCGGAAAGGAAACGGGAGACAGCAGGAUGGUGAAGCUAACGGCGGAGCUGAUCGAACAGGCGGCGCAGUACACCAAUGCCGUACGGGACCGCGAGCUGGACCUCCGGGGAUAUAAAAUUCCAGUCAUUGAAAAUCUAGGUGCUACCUUAGACCAGUUUGAUGCUAUUGAUUUUUCUGACAAUGAGAUCAGGAAGUUGGAUGGUUUUCCUUUGCUAAGAAGACUGAAGACAUUAUUAGUCAACAACAACAGAAUAUGCCGUAUAGGUGAAGGACUUGAUCAGGCUCUGCCCUGUCUGACAGAACUCAUUCUCACCAACAAUAGUCUUGUGGAACUGGGUGAUCUGGACCCUUUGGCAUCUCUUAAAUCACUGACUUAUCUAAGCAUUCUAAGAAAUCCGGUAACAAAUAAGAAGCAUUAUAGACUAUAUGUGAUUUAUAAAGUUCCACAAGUCAGAGUGCUGGAUUUUCAAAAAGUAAAACUAAAAGAGCGUCAGGAAGCAGAGAAAAUGUUCAAGGGCAAACGGGGUGCACAGCUUGCAAAGGAUAUUGCCAGGAGAAGCAAAACUUUUAAUCCAGGUGCUGGUUUGCCAACUGACAAAAAGAAAGGUGGGCCGUCUCCAGGGGAUGUAGAAGCAAUCAAGAAUGCCAUAGCAAAUGCAUCAACUCUGGCUGAAGUGGAGAGGCUAAAGGGGUUGCUGCAGUCUGGUCAGAUACCUGGAAGAGAACGCAGAUCAGGGCCCACCGAUGAUGGCGAAGAAGAGAUGGAAGAAGACACAGUCACAAAUGGGUCCUGAGCAAGGUGGUGGAUAUCUACUAAUAGGCUCCCUUGGGACAAAUCUUACUUUUUGAACAUGGAAUAACAGCCUUAUUUGUGUCAGCAAAGUAGAAUCUCAUCAUCUUGAAAUGUUUUAAAUUGCUGCUGAUAAUUUUAUAAUAUAAAUUUUGAAGUCUAAAUGUCAGUUUUCUACAAAUGGUAAAAAAUAAAGGCCACUCACUGUGCU